GGGAGAGAGAAAGAGAGAACAGAAGCUGAUAAUGAAGCGAGCUCAGAGGCAGAAGCAGCCUGGCAGAGCCUGAGGAGUGAAGAUUGACACACACACACACACACACACACAGAGGAGCUGUGAAUGAAUGAAGGAGAGAUCGCAGUGUGCAGAGCUACGGGAUAGAGAGAGAGAGUGUGUGUGUGUGCAGAGAGCAGCAGCAGCAGUUUUGCGAGUCUCUCUGACAGGCAGAAGCCCCCCCCUUGUUCACCGGCUCAGAAACAACAAAAGGUGUGCUCAGAAAUCGGCAGAUGAUGGCGGUGAAGACGCCUGCACAGGGCACCGGAGUGUUGCUGACAACCGCUAACGUUGGAUCCCUGUUUGAAGAUCCUGAAAGUCUACAAAAGAACUGGCUUCGAGAGUUUUAUCAGACUGUGCACACACACAAGCCUCAUUUUAUUGCAUUGCAUUGCCAAGAAGUUGGCGGGAAAAACUAUGAAGCCUCAAUGUCUCAUGUUGACAAGUUUGUGAAAGAAUUGCUAUCGAGUGAUGAAAUGAAAGAGUAUAACCGAGCGCGAGUGUACUUGGAUGAAAAUUACAAAUCACAAGAACAUUUUACGGCUUUAGGAAAUCUUUACUUUCUUCACGAGUCUUUGAAAAAUACCUAUCAGUUUGAUUUUAAAGCUAAAAAGUACAAAAAAGUAACAGGAAAAGAAAUCUACUCAGAAACGUUAGAAAGCACACCUAUGCUGGAAAAGGAGAAAUUUCCACAAGAUUACUUUCCUGAGUGUAAGUGGUCCAGAAAAGGCUUCAUCAGAACACGAUGGAGUGUCACUGAUUGUGCCUUUGACUUGGUGAACAUUCAUCUUUUCCAUGAUGCUUCCAAUUUAAUUGCUUGGGAAACAAGCCCAUCUGUCUACUCAGGAACCCGACAGAAAGCUCUCACUUAUGUGCUAGAUAGGAUUACAGACCAACGAUAUGAGAAGGUGCCCCACUUCCUGUUUGGUGACUUCAACUUCAGGUUGGAUUCUAAAGGUGUGAUAGAGUCACUCUGUGCAUCAGCAACAAUGCAAACUAUCCGAGCAGCAGACACCAAUCAAAUUAACAAGUUAAUUUUCCGUGAAUCAAAGAACGAUCGGAAGGUGGUGCUUCAACUAGAAAAGAAGCUUUUUGAUUACUUUAACCAAGAUGUAUUUCGGCAAAACAAUGGAGUUGAGCUUUUAGAAUUUGACAGAGAGCUGUCCGUAUUUAAAGACAAGUUGAGUGAACAAGAGAUAUCGUUUCCACCAAGUUAUCCAUACAGUGAGGAUUCAAAUCAGGGAAAGCAGUACAUGAAUACGAGGUGUCCCUCAUGGUGUGAUCGUAUCCUUUUGUCUCAUUCGGCACGGGAUCUUAUUCAUAAGGCAGAAAAUGAUGAGAAGUCAGUUAUCUAUGACAACAUUGGACCAAAUGUUUGCAUGGGGGACCACAAGCCUGUCUUCCUGUUCUUUCGAAUAGCUGCUGGGGCAGGUAAACCUAAUAGAAAUAUGCGCAACUGUUGUGUGGUGCAGUGAUGUGGUGCUAAAAGAUAUCCGCGAAAUGAGAAAAUCUUUCGAGAAACUGCCCUCUAGUCUGUUUGCCAACCAGCAAAUAAGAAGUGGAGGAACAGGGACAUCAGAACGUUCGCCAACAUCUUUGUCAUUCAACUCGUGUUGACACUGUAUUUCUUAGGGCCACAUCUCAGACCGCUCAUCAUCCAUUUUGCUUUGACGUCUGAAGUCUACGCAGGACGGCCACACAUACCUCGCAUUUCAUACAUUCCUGUGACACUUGAAUUAAAUGUGGGACAGUUUUAAAACGUGUCACAGAUUUGUUGCCAAACACUAACAGUAGAAUUUGCUACAUCUUUUAAAUAUCUCACAUUUAUAAUGUUUAGCUGAAAACAUUGUCUUUUAAAAGGAGAAGCCGUUCUCUUCUGUAAAGUUUUAUUAAGUGCAAUGCGAAAAUUGUAUAUCUAUACUGUACUAGAGAGGUUUUUUUGUACAUUGGAUUGUAUAGGUAGUGGAAUUCCUUUCAGUGAUGGCUUCAUUGAUAUUCCCUUCACCUUUUUAUGUCUGUGGUAGGUUAGUUAGGUAUUUUCAUUUUGGUGAUUCCUUAUAUUAGAUACUACAUUUUACAUAUCUAGUUUUGAAUCACAAUUUAGCUCCUCUUCAUUUUUAUAUCCACUUUUAAAAGAAAACUAAUUUAUAACAUAAUCUUUCCAGCAACCUUAGGUGAAAUUCUUCUCGUAAAGACUGGCUGCUCGUGGUCUGACAUAUCAAAUAUUAGUUAGUACAGAUAGCAGAUUGAAUACAUAAAAGUACAAGUUCUCGACCAAACUAUACUUUAGAUAGCUUAUACCGUGCCAUUGGUGAUGAAAUAAUCUAAUUUACUAUAAGCACCACACAUAAUAAGUCUGUCUGUGUUAAGUACUUCUAUAGUAACUUAUUCCUAAAUAAUGCCAAGUUUUCAGAAUGUGAAAUUUAAUAGGAUGGGUAUCAUAAGAUUUUUUGUAAACUAUUUCUGUCUAUUUUUGUUACUGCAUAUGGUGCCAAGUAUCUAUGGACAGAGUUUAAUGGGAAUCUUUCCUCCUGGUAUUAGCUUGCUAAAUGUGCUUCAAUGGACUGUAUAUAAAGCCCUGAAACCUGAAGUUGCAAAUUUCGUAUUGUACCGCCUAUAUUUAAUCUCCAGCGCUAAUGUUGCAAAUUUUACACGCUGCCUUCUUUAAGCAUUAAAAGAUGAUUAGGUCCGAAAAUGGGAAACACAGCCAAUGCUGAAACGUUUCCUCUAUCGAUUUAAUUUACUACACUACAAAGUUCACUAGCUACUUGAUAGCAGUGGAUUGAUGCGUGUUUUCGUAUAAAUCACUACGAUUGGAAAUGAUUUUGUGUCUGCCGCCAGAAUUUAUGUGGCCGUGACCGUUAGAUCAUUCUUGUUUGUAGACCAAGUGUAAAAAACAGUGUGCAGACAAACUGUACCAAUGUGCCCAGGUAUCAAUAGCCACACACUGUAAACUAUUUUAUUAAAUCAAGGAUUCAAUUUAAGUGACGUUCAUGGGCUAUAAAAAAUAAAAUUAUUUGUUUCUCAAACAA